AUGGCAAGAGCGAACGGCGGGGGCUCGGAGAUCGGCGGUGAUCGCCGGCCCCUCUGCGUCUCCCUCGGAGUCAUGUCACUCGCUGCUGCCAGAGUCUGCCUUUCUCGCUAUCGGAUUCGCAUCCCCCGUCUGCACCGCUCCCUCAAUCCCUCUCACAUGGACGUCGUCCUCUCUGAGCCAGCCCCCGACAAGCUCCAGGUCCUCCCGCACAUACAGUAUGUCACCGCAGAGCACCUCGCCCCUGGCACCGUAGCCUCCAAUCCCCUCGAUCAGUUCCGCGGCUGGUUCAAGGACGCCAUCGAGAGCGGCAAGGUCGACGAGGCAGAGGCCAUGUCCCUAUCCACCGCAACCCCCAACGGCAUCCCCUCAGCCCGCAUCGUCCUCCUCAAGCAGGUCGACGCACGCGGUUUCGUCUUCUUCACCAACUACACAUCGCGCAAGUCCCAGGAGAUCAUCGCAAACCCCCACGCAGCCCUCGUCUUCUAUUGGCGCGAGAUACACAAGUCGGUCAGGGUGGUCGGGCGCGUCGAGAAGAUCACCCGCGAGGAGAGCGACGAAUACUUCCAGAGCAGGCCACUUGGAAGCCGUCUGGGCGCCUGGGCGAGCAAGCAGAGCUCAGUCAUCCCUGAGGACGCCAUCGAGGCCCGUCUGCAGAGGGUCAGCGAGCGGUUCGGAGAGAACGUACCGACUCCUGAGUUCUGGGGUGGCUGGAGAGUGGUCCCAGAGUAA